GCCGGCUCUUGGCCUGUGGGUGGUGGCCCUGGUAACGCCGGUAGGAGAGGAGAGUCGGGCGCUUCCUGGGUAGCCCGCCAGCUUCCGCGAAAGGGAACCUCCCUCCGUGGUGAAGAGGGGACCCUACAGGGGUAAGUGAAGUGAUGGAGCACAUUUGAUUUGGAGACAGAAGCCAGAAAGUCUGGUCUGUGCCUCACCACGUGCCAGCUCUGUGAUUCCAGCUUCAGCACAGUCCUCAGCAGAUAGAGACAUGAGAAAAAUACCAAAUAAUGGGAACCUGAAGAUGACAAAAGUGGCUUACCCUCUGGGGCUGUUCAUUUGCCUGUUCAUCUAUGUCGCCUAUAUCAAGUGGCACUGGGCCUCCGCCACCCAGGCCUUCUUCAGCAUCACUGAGGUAGCGUCUGGGGCCCGGAGGGGCCAGCAGGCUCAUAGUCCUCUGGGGACAGCUACACAUGGUCAUGAGGUUUUCUAUGGCAUCAUGUUUGACGCAGGAAGCACUGGCACCCGUGUGCACAUCUUCCAAUUCGCCCGGCAGCCUGGAGAAACUCCCACUUUGACCCAUGAGACCUUCAAAGCACUGAAGCCAGGUCUUUCUGCUUAUGCUGAUGAUGUUGAAAAGAGUACUUCGGGAAUUCAGGAAUUACUGGAUGUUGCUAAAAAAGACGUUCCUUUUGACUUCUGGAAGGCUACCCCCUUGGUUCUCAAGGCCACAGCUGGUUUACGUCUAUUACCAGGAGAAAAGGCUCAGAAGUUACUGCAAAAGGUGAAAGAAGUGUUUAAGGCAUCGCCUUUCCUUGUGGGAGAUGACUGUGUUUCCAUCAUGAAUGGAACGGAUGAAGGCGUUUCAGCGUGGAUCACUGUCAACUUCCUAACAGGCAGUUUGAAAACCCCAGGAAGGAGCAGUGUGGGCAUGCUGGAUUUGGGUGGAGGGUCCACUCAGAUCACCUUCCUUCCAAGAGUCGAGGACACCCUCCAGACCUCCCCGCCUGGCUACCUGACGUCACUCCAGAUGUUUAAUCGGACCUACAAGCUCUAUUCCUACAGCUACCUGGGCCUCGGAUUGAUGUCGGCACGGCUAGCAAUUCUGGGUGGCAUGGAAGGGAAACCUGCUGAGGAUGGAAAGGAGUUGGUCAGUCCUUGUUUGUCUCCAGGUUUCACAGGAGAGUGGCAACAUGCUGAAAUAACAUACAGAAUUUCAGGACAGAAGGCAGCAGUGAACCUCCAUGAGCUGUGUGCCAGCAGAGUGUCGGAAAUCCUUCGAAACAAAGUGCAUAGAACAGAAGAAGUGAAGGAUGUGGAUUUUUAUGCUUUUUCCUACUAUUAUGACCUUGCAGCAAAUGUUGGCCUCAUAGAUGUGGAGAAGGGAGGCAGCCUCGUCGUGGGAGACUUUGAUAUUGCAGCCAAGUAUGUGUGCAGGACAGCGGAGACCCAUCCUCCAGGCAACCCCUUUCUGUGCAUGGACCUCACCUACAUCAGCCUGCUGCUCCAAGAGUUUGGCUUCCCAGAGAACAAAGUGCUGAAGCUGACUCGGAAAAUCAACGAUGUUGAGACCAGCUGGGCUCUGGGGGCCAUUUUUCAUUACAUCGACUCCCUGAGAAGACAGAAGAAUCCAGCCUCAUAGUGGCCAAGCUGCCCCAGCCAUCCUUACAGAGCGGCUCCAUCUCCAUGAGAACAGACCUGUGUGGAACGCCUUGAUGUGUUGGGAGGAAGCCACUGCUUGGGCUGCCACCCCUUUCCCUUUGGCCUUGCAGACCUGCCCCUGGACAGGCAGAGAGCUAGAACGUGACCAGGCCUAGUGUCUCCUCCUGCCUCAGCCCCAGGUGGGCAGUAAACCAGACAGGGCAAAGGGCACAUGUCAAGUUUAGUAUGACACAGGCACACCAUCCCCCAUCCCUCCCCUGUAUGCAGGGUUGGGGUGACUGUAACGUGUUUCUGUGACAGGGGUCUUGUUUUGUCUCCCUGCCCCUGUCUGGUCCCUCCUCUCAUCCCCAGGGUGGACCUCCACCUUCUCCCCAGAGACUUGGUCGGGAGGUUUUACAGGCUGUUCUGGCUGCUUUCAGGGUGGGCCAAGUGGCAACCACCAUGUCCUCUGGGACAGUGAAUUGGGCGGACCUGAAUGCAUUGGCCUCCUCUUUGGUUAUGGACAUGCGAGGUCAUCCAGAGGUCUGUUUUCUCAGGUUCUUGGAUGGCUUGGGGCAAGCUGAUGAAGUUGGCCUUGUGAGUAGAAGAGGGCUGGGGGAAAUACCUCUGUGUGUCCCAGCUCUUCAGAGGAGGUCUGAAUGUGAGCAUGACCUGCUUACAAUAUUUAUGGCUGUGCUGUGUGAGUGACAUCUCUGUUGUGUGGUGCUGGGUGUUUGUGUAGCAGCUGUGUUCUGAGCCCCAGUGAAUGUAUUGCUACCAUGAGCCAUUUGCAGCUGAGCAGUGUUGAAGACACACACCAUCCCCCUGUGGGUCAGGUGGACUGCAGUCCCCAGAACUGCCUUCUUGAGGCUCUUCUGGGGUAUAGGGCUAUGCCCAUUGUCUGGGGCCUCUGUAGGACACUGGCUCUGGGCCCUCUUGCAUCGGGAUGUGAAGUCUGUGAGACAUAGGCCCUGGGGCCACAGUCGUUCUGCAGUGAAUGUAUGGUAUAUGGAAUAAGCUGAACCUCAUGUGUUCCACUCAAAAUAAAGGGUUUACAAGGGUUUCUUCUCCAGUCACUCUUCUAGGUGAGCAUCAGCAAUGUUCAUCCCCUGGUAGAAAAGCCCCUGAGAUCCCUGUUUACUAUAGUUGAAACAAAGAACUGUCCAUGCCGGGUGACAGGUGGCACAUUAACUCUUGUCAGUGUGCCUCAUAAGGAGAAAACAGCAGAAGGGCAUAGGGAGGCCAUCCUCAGGCCAUCAUACAUGCCCGUGGUUAUAGGCGAGCCCCUUGCCUUCCCAGCAGAGCUCCCCUCUUCCCUGGGACUGUGACCCGCAGCCACGUGCAGUGUGGAGUUCUCAAGCAAAUGCUGUGCCCCAGCUUGCAGUGUGUUCUCUGAGGAUCUGGCUUUAAUCUGGGACAGCUGGAAAGGGGUCGCAUGCCAGACAAAGACUGGGUGUGAGCAUAGGGUCUGGCCCCUCAACUACUUAGGGCCACUGCAGGACCAGGACCGAUGUGACUGCUGAAUGAGCCCAUGAGUGGAGGCCUGUGUUGGGGAAAGGGCUCUGCAGAGAGCUACAGGAGGUUAGUUUUACUCCUUACCUCCAAGAGCCCUUCGUCCCCAGGGGUGGAGGCAGGGAGGGAUCGAAGUGUAAAACCUUUGAUCUUGAAGUGCUGUGCCCACGGAGAUGGGGGAGCAGUUACCCCCUUUUCUGAACGUCCUGAUUCUGUGGUCUGAUCGUCACUGGCCCAACUUCAGAAGGCUGGUGGAAGACCCCAGUACAAAAUCCACUGACAAGAUAAGGUUAAUCACCCUCUGCCCAGUGGUUUCCCCAGAAUUUAAACCCUGGGGCAGAGGUCUGGAGGUGUGCAUAUGACAUAAGCAGAAAAAGACAAAGAAGGGAAGGUGUUUUACCUAAAUAAAAAGCCACAUUUGGGCUACAGCUAGGAAACCUUCAUUUGAAAAGGGCAAGAAAAUCCAACUACCAGCACCUCACCAUCCCUGCCUUGGCAGGGUUUCCCCAGCCUUUUCCUUCUAUAAUAUCUAACAAGUUAAAUAUUUAAGGAACUUCCAGAGGCCAUGAUCAAAUGUAUAUGAAGGUAAAGGUGAAAAUUGAUUUGGUCCAUUUAUAGGUUAGUGAUCUCACAUCUGAAAAAGUGGCAACAACUGGAAGUUUCCCAAAAGAUCACCAAAUAAGUCAUGGAAUAUUUUUAGUUCCAGCAAAGUACACAAGUCAUUUUGCUGUGUCUUUUGUGAUUAUAAAGUAGGCUUUGUUUUUUAAAAAAGAAGUAACUACAUAUGCACCUCCUAACAUGUAAAAGUCAAACUACAGAUACAGUAAGAAUUUUGUUCCCUCUGGUGUGCCCCACUUCACAUAAGCCGUGUGCAUCUAUGUGCUCAGAUCUUUCUAGCAUGUCCCACACACCACCUCCUGCCCACAUGUCCUGUACUUUCCUGUUCUCACUCAGAACAGCUACACUGUUGAUGCACACUGAGCUGCCUCAGUCCUCCAGUGGCUGGUGUCAUCCAUAUGUCUGGAUGACAGGACCCCCGGCAUCAGGUUGUUUCCAGUACCACAUCCAUACGUGAGCCAUGCUGACAUUGCCAGAUCCAAAGGCAGGAAUGUUUUAAAUUGUGACCAUGUCGUCAGAUGGUAAUUUUCCUGUGCACUGGCCUAAUUCAUGUCAUAUGUAUGUCUAAGAGCAUUUCUUUUUCUGUGAAACAUCUGUCCAUGUCCUGUGCCAAUUUUUCUGAGAGAUUGUGGUAAUUCUCUUACUAGAAGAAUGUUUAUACAUUAGGGAAAUUAGUCAUUGUGACAGAAUGUGUGGCAAGUUUGUUCCCAUUUUAUUACUUUUUGAAUUUAUGGUGUUUUUUUCAAUGCACAGUUUUACUGUUUUUAUGUAUUUAAGUUUAACUGAUUUAUAUUUUUAUAUAGACUUAUGAUGACUUCCAGGUUUUGUGUCAUAAUUAGAAAGGCUACCCCACUGGGAUAGUUUUCAAAGUUAA